UCGGAAAGGCAGAAAGUAGUUGGCAUGUAAAAUUGUUGGAGGUAGCACGCGGCGAUCUCUGUGUUGUGGAAUAGCGCGAGACAAAAAAAACAACUUACAGUAUAACGUAACGUAAGCGAGUUUCCCAAAGCUAAACAGAAUCAUCGUUGUGUUGUGCUACUACGGACCGCGUAUAGUAAUCAGGGUGGCUGUGUUUAUACAAAAAGGAUAAUAAUGUCCACUGCGAUAAUGUCUCAGAAUGCGAUGUAUGAGUUUGGAGAUAAUCUGAUUAAGAACGAGACGAGCCCCGCGGGCCCGCACCUCGCGGUCGGUUCCGCCGUCCGUCUGACGCUGACCCGGAUGGCUUCAACGCCGUGCGGCGCGACGACCGCCAACCAGAACCUUGCCGCCCUUCUCGGCAACAUCACGCAGCAGCAGCAACAGCACCGACGCCUCGAACGCACGCAAUCGGCACCGGCGCCCGCCGCCCCGGCCGCCGCCGUCACCGCUACAACCGUCAACACGUCCCGCUACAAAACCGAACUGUGCAGACCGUACGAGGAAUUCGGCGUGUGCAAAUAUGGCGACAAGUGUCAGUUCGCGCACGGCAUCAACGAACUGCGCAGCUUGGCGCGUCACCCCAAAUACAAAACGGAACUUUGCCGCACCUUCCACACCAUCGGGUUCUGUCCGUACGGCCCGCGAUGUCAUUUUGUCCACAAUCAGGACGAGGCGGUCAUCGUAGCCGCGCAGAAAACCACAACGACGACGACGAGCGCGCGUCUGAGCCACACUGCGCACGCGCGUUCGAGGCCAGCCGCGUUGAGCCCGUCCCUGUCGUUGGACAGUCCAAGUCCGCCUUGCAGCCUCAGCCAAUCGCCCACGUCGUCGAUGAGUUCGUUUUUCAGCAGCGAACCGGAAUUGCACUCGCCCGGGCCCCUCGAUGAUCAACGAUUGCCCGUGUUCAAUAGGUUGUCGACCGCGCAGCUGAUCGCCCUCAACGACCUGAUGAUGUAAGGGGUACGCGCAGAAACGUUUUUUUUAUUAGUCGCGAGCGUGUCUUAUUUAUACGAUCCAUAAUAUUAUCGAACAGGAGUAUAGUUUUUUCCCGCCGCUACGCGCGGCGCGGAGUGAUUUCGACUUUGUGUGAUUUUAAAGUAAAUUAAAUUUAACGUUCGACGGGGAGCGGGAGGGGGAGAGCGCGCGUUUUUUUUUUUAUACAAAUGUACGGCGUCCGACGACGUUUUUUUUUCUCGUGAAUGUGCAAGUUUAGGUUUUAGGUUAUGUUCUUCUUCUUCGUCUCGAUCGGUCCCCGCGGUUUUUCCUUCUUUUCUCCUCCUCGACAUUCCGCGUUUUCGAAACUUAUUUAUUUGCUUUAUUAUUAUUAUUACCCUUUUGAGUUUUUAUUUUGUCCGAAGGGGGGGCGGCCUCCUAGGUUUUCCUUCUUCGAUAAAGAAAACGACGACGACGACGACGACAGCGUUUAUCAAAUUCUACUCAACAUCGGGCGUUUUGUUAAUAAAUUAAAUAAUAAUCCACGACGGCCAAGCCAUUUCAGUCAGUUCUCUAGUUUCGGAAUUUUUAUUUCCUUUCGUUUUUAAUCCAACUUAAUUAAUAUUUUCAAUUCAAAUUGCGUUAGGAAAACAGCCCUGCUGGUUUUUGCUGCUUUUGGCUCUAUCCACAACGAACUUUCGUGAUAUUAGGCAACGUGGGAAAAAUUUCAAUAUAGCUGGAAAGAAAACGACCCUAAUGUCGACUCGCAGUUUAAUUAUUUUUCUUUGACAAUAAUUCUCAAAUGUUUAAAAAAAAAAACGAACCAAUUUCGAGAUUCGUGG